GGCCUCUGCCAAUUGCACAAGGUCUAGAGAAAGGGAGAGAGAGCACGAUCCAUGGCGGGCGUAUCACUCAAGUGCGGGGACUGUGGGGCCCUCCUGAGGUCCGUAGAGGAAGCCCAGGAGCACGCUGAGCUGACCUCCCACUCGAACUUCGCCGAGUCCACCGAGGCGAUCCUCAACCUCGUCUGCACUACUUGCGGCAAACCCUGCCGAUCCAAGACGGAGAGUGAUUUGCAUACGAAAAGAACUGGGCACACUGAUUUUGUUGACAAGACUUCGGAGGCAGCAAAACCAAUAAGUUUGGAGGUUCCAAAGGCUAAUGCAGAGUCCGAUCAGGCUGGCAAUGCGAGCACUAGCCAACCCGAAGAAAUGGUUGUGCCGGAAGUUGACAAAAAACUGCUCGAGGAACUUGAAGCAAUGGGUUUUCCAACAGCACAAGCUACCCGUGCACUUCAUUAUUCUGGUAAUGCUGGCAUUGAGGCUGCUGUAAAUUGGGUGGUAGAACAUGAAAAUGAUUCAGACAUAGAUCAGAUGCCCUUGGUACCUGUCAAUACAAAAUUUGAGGCUCCAAAACCUUCUCUUACGCCAGAAGAACUAAAAGUGAAACAACAAGAAUUAAGGGAGAAGGCUCGCAAGAAGAAAGAAGAGGAAGAAAAGAGAAUGGAAAAAGAGAAAGAAAAGGAGAGAAUUCGAGUGGGCAAGGAACUAUUGGAAGCAAAGAGAAUUGAAGAAGAGAAUGAAAGAAAACGGAUAUUGGCCUUGCGAAAAGCAGAGAAAGAGGAAGAGAAAAGAGCUAGAGAAAAAAUUCGACAGAAAUUGGAAGAAGAUAAGGCAGAAAGAAGGCGGAAGCUUGGAUUACCACCUGAAGAUCCUUCAGCUGUAAAACCUUCACCUGUUGUGGAGGAUAAAAAGAGUUCGUUGCCAGUUAGACCUGCUACAAAAGCAGAGCAAAUGAGAGAGAGCUUGCGAUCUCUUAAGCAAAACCACAAGGAUGAUGAUGCCAAAGUCAAGAGAGCAUUCCAGACUCUCCUAACUUUUGUAGGAAAUGUUGCCAGGAAUCCCGAUGAGGAAAAAUUCAGAAAAAUUAGACUUGGUAACCCAUCUUUUCAGGAGAGAGUUGGUGCAUUCAGUGGGGGCAUUGAGUUUCUUGAGCUGUGCGGGUUUGAGAAAAUUGAAGGUGGUGAGUUCUUGUUUCUACCCAGGGACAAGGUUGACAUGGCCGUGCUAAAUUCAGCUGGAGCGGAGCUGGAUUCUGCAAUUAAAAACCCCUUUUUCGGAGUUCUUUGAGUUCUUUGUUGAUUAUGAGAUUGUGAUGGACGACAUGUAUGAAUUCAAAUUUGGGAGCAUCUGUACUGAUUAUACAUGCAUUAUGCCAUGCAAAACACCCUCCGAUUUUGCAUAUAUCGAACUAUUGCAUUGUGGUAA